CCGGACUCACACCUCCUAGGCUAAGCAGAGCCCGCCGCGGAUCCCAGCCGCCUUCUCCGCCUUCUCCGCCUUCUCCCGGGCGGUUCCAGCGGUCAAGAAAGUAAUAUGAGGGACGCUGGGGACUCUACGAUCCCAACAUAGGAACGGCGCCGUGGGUAGAGCUUGCCACUGCCAAGAGGAUGCUGGGCAUCUGCAGAGGGAGACGGAAAUUCCUGGCUGCCUCUCUGACGGUUCUCUUCAUCCCAGCAGUCACCUGGAUUUACCUCUUUGCUGGAAGCUUCGAAGAUGGGAAGCCAGUGUCACUGUCUCCACUUGAAUCCCAGCCCCACAGUCCACGGUACACUGCCUCAAGUCAGCGAGAGCGAGAGAGCCUGGAGGUGCGCAUGCGAGAGGUGGAAGAGGAGAACCGGGUCCUGCGCAAGCAGCUCAGCCUGGCACAAAGCCGGAACCAAUCCCACCGCCGCAGCAACCACUCCAGAACCUAUUCAAUGGAAGAAGGGACGGGUGACAGCGAGAACCUCAGGGCUGGCAUCGUGGCUGGCAACAGCUCCGAGUGUGGGCAGCAACCAGCAGUGGAAAAGUGUGAGACGAUCCACGUCGCCAUUGUCUGCGCUGGGUACAACGCCAGUCGAGAUGUCGUCACUUUGGUCAAGUCUGUCUUGUUUCAUAGACGGAACCCUCUACACUUCCACCUCAUCGCUGAUGCCAUUGCCAAGCAGAUCCUGGCCACCCUCUUCCAGACAUGGAUGGUACCUGCCGUACGAGUUGACUUCUAUGAUGCUGAUGAACUAAAGUCGGAGGUCUCCUGGAUCCCCAACAAACACUACUCUGGGAUAUAUGGCCUGAUGAAGCUGGUUCUGACCAAGACCCUUCCCGCCAACCUGGAGCGAGUCAUCGUCCUGGACACAGACAUCACCUUUGCCACCGACAUCGCCGAGCUCUGGGCUGUGUUCCACAAAUUCAAAGGUCAACAGGUUUUGGGCUUGGUGGAGAACCAGAGUGAUUGGUACUUGGGAAACCUGUGGAAAAAUCACCGACCAUGGCCUGCCCUUGGGAGGGGCUACAACACAGGGGUGAUCUUGUUGCUUCUGGAUAAGCUGCGAAAGAUGAAGUGGGAGCAGAUGUGGAGGCUGACGGCAGAGAGAGAGUUGAUGAGCAUGCUUUCAACCUCAUUGGCUGACCAGGAUAUUUUCAAUGCUGUCAUCAAACAGAAUCCGUUUCUCGUAUACCAGCUCCCCUGCUUCUGGAAUGUCCAGCUGUCUGACCACACUCGCUCUGAGCAGUGUUACCGGGAUGUGUCUGACUUAAAGGUGAUCCAUUGGAACUCCCCAAAGAAACUCCGUGUGAAGAACAAACACGUUGAGUUCUUCCGAAACCUGUACCUGACAUUUCUGGAGUAUGAUGGGAAUCUGCUGAGGCGUGAGCUAUUUGGCUGUCCCAGUGAGGCUGACGUCAACAGUGAAAACCUCCAAAAGCAGCUGUCUGAGCUGGACGAGGAUGAUCUGUGUUAUGAGUUUCGGCGAGAACGCUUCACGGUCCAUCGUACCCAUCUCUACUUCCUGCACUAUGAGUAUGAACCCACCUCAGACAACACGGAUGUCACCCUUGUGGCUCAGCUCUCCAUGGACAGGCUCCAGAUGCUUGAGGCCAUCUGCAAACACUGGGAGGGGCCCAUCAGCUUGGCCCUGUACCUGUCUGAUGCUGAAGCCCAACAGUUCCUGCGCUAUGCCCAGGGCUCUGAGGUCCUCAUGAGCCGCCACAAUGUUGGCUAUCACAUCGUGUACAAAGAGGGCCAGUUCUACCCUGUGAACCUUCUGCGCAAUGUGGCCAUGAAGCACAUCAGCACGCCAUACAUGUUUCUCUCUGACAUUGACUUCCUACCUAUGUACGGACUCUGUGAGUACCUCAGGAAGUCAGUCAUCCAGCUAGACCUGGCCAAUACCAAGAAGGCGCUAAUUGUUCCAGCUUUUGAAACUCUUCGGUACCGCCUUUCCUUCCCCAAGUCCAAAGCAGAGCUCCUAUCGAUGUUGGAUAUGGGGACUCUCUUCACUUUCAGGUAUCACGUUUGGACAAAAGGGCAUGCCCCUACCAACUUCGCCAAGUGGAGAACAGCCACCACCCCAUACCGGGUCGAAUGGGAAGCAGACUUUGAACCCUAUGUUGUGGUGAGGCGUGACUGUCCUGAAUAUGACCGAAGGUUUGUUGGGUUUGGCUGGAACAAGGUGGCCCACAUCAUGGAACUGGAUGCACAGGAGUAUGAGUUCACUGUGCUCCCCAAUGCCUACAUGAUCCACAUGCCCCAUGCACCCAGCUUCGACAUCACCAAGUUCCGCUCCAACAAGCAAUACCGCAUCUGUCUCAAGACCCUAAAGGAGGAAUUCCAGCAGGACAUGUCCCGUCGCUAUGGCUUUGCUGCCCUUAAAUAUCUCACGGCUGAGAAUAACAGCUAGCAUAAUGGGUCCCAUCAUUGGGAGAUCAGAGACAAUAGAAGGUGAUAACCACUUACUAUCCUGGGCCCAGUCUUAAAAACUCAAAACUGAGAAUUUAUUUUUGGUUUUCGUUUUGUUUGGAUUUUUUCCUUCUUUUUUUUCCCCCUGGUCCAAUCCAGCCGUUUUUGCUGCAGAGAUCUGGGACCGUGCCCACUCCUCCUCCAUCUCUCACUUGAGUGCUCUGAAGAUGCAGGCAUGUAACCCAACUGGACAUCCACCGAGACCAUGGGGCCAGAGAGAGGUGGCCAGAGAGAAAGGGCUUAUUUUCUUUCCAACAAAGCAGCAACAGGUCUUCAGAAUGUUCAUGUAGCCACUGGAUAACCAUGGCACUGUUUUCAGAUGGGGGGGAAAGUGGAAGUCUUGGGUUUGCCAUCCUAUGAAUUUCAAAAAUUAAAAAAGCCACUUUGCUUCUCUUAAAGUGAACUUCCUCCUUUACUCUAUCAACCUCAAUGAGCACCCAAGGGCAAAGUCGGCCAAAGGGUUGGAUUGACCAUUUGUCAUCAUGAAUGAAGAAGGAAGAAGCUCUACUUUUUCUCCCUUGGGAGAAGAACAGAAGGGGGAAUACCACUGGCUCAAACCUUUAGGUAGUUUUGGUUGGUUCUUUAUCCUCAAAGUCAAUCUUUUUUGUCUGGGAGUUCAAGAUGAGAGGUGGGAGUGGGGAGCAAUUGCUUCAAGGCUCAGAGAGGAAGUCAGUGGCCUCAGUAAUUUUCAAUCACUUCUCAUGAUUCAACAAUGAAGACUGACGUCUGGAGCUAGUAUUGAAAAGUUGACCAAAAGUAUAAAGCUGGAAACAAACACCUACGAUAUGUGUCCAUUGCCUUCCAAGAAUGACAUGAGUGGAAUGAGGACAAAAUGAAGGCUGACUGUUUUCUAUUGACAGGACAGUGGGUCCUAGGAAAAGACAUUGAGAUUGGGGAUGUUGUGUGUCAUUCUUAAGUGAGCUGGAUAGGAUGGACUUGCCCCUUGACCUUGGAGAGACAUUGCCAAAGCUGCCAACUCUCAAAAUAACUGGAUUACAAAAGAGCUUCAUUUUGAGGAAUAAAGUCUCCUUUGGGGGGAGGUGGAUUUCAGGGAAAGACAAAGAUUUUGUAUCAGGGCACAGCCAUGCCCACUUCACCAUGGACAGGGAGAGAAUUUACCACCCAGGCCUCUCCAGGAACCUGCUGGAGGAUCCCCCAAGAGCAGCCGCCACCCAGAAUGAUGAGACACUGGACUUUUUACCAUUUUCUUUCUUCCUCACUAUUACUGUUGUGUUUACAUUGGCAGGAACGAGAUUUAAUGCACUACCCCCUCUGCUGGGCUGUUUGUAUCAAGUUGCAAUAUGGCCGGAGAAAGCCGACUUUAAUAAAGGAGAGAACAGACUGUUCCUUUUGCUGCC